AUGGUGUGGAUAGUAGGGGAUGGUCCAAAUAGUUUCAGACAUUUACAACUUCGCUUCCAAUAUCCCAACGCAAUUACUUACAGCAGACACAGCCGCCACCCCUCGUCGUCCGAUAGCUUCCGCCGUUACCCGUCGUCGGCCGAUAGCCACCGCCGUGCAGUGAAUUUUGAGGAUUGAAGAUCGACCCAACAAACAGAAUCCAAAAUGAAGAUGCUAACAUCUUUCAACAUGAAGAAAGCCGCUGCUGGGCUUCGACGCAUCAAUCUCGACGGUCUCCGCUGGCGGGUUUUCGAUGCCAAGGGCCAGGUUCUUGGUAGGUUAGCAUCUCAAAUAGCUACUGUAGUCCAAGGAAAGGACAAGCCAACUUAUGCUCCUAAUCGUGAUGAUGGAGAUAUGUGCAUUGUGCUUAAUGCAAAGGAUGUUUGUGUGACUGGGAGAAAAUUUAAAGACAAGGUCUACUACUGGCAUACAGGGUAUGUGGGGGGCCUCAAGCAAAGGACUCUGAAGGAACAGAUGGCCAAAGACCCUACAGAAGUAAUUCGCAAAGCUAUUCUGCGCAUGCUGCCAAGAAACAAACUACGUGAUGAUAGGGAUCGAAAAUUAAGGAUCUUUCCUGGUAGUGAGCACCCUUUCGCUGAUCGGCCACUUGAACAAUAUGAAAUGCCUCCCAGAAGCGUGCGAGAAAUGCGGCCACGAGCAAGGCGUGCCAUGAUUCGAGCACAGAAGAAGGCUGAGCUGCAACAACAGAAGGCUGAACAGCAACAGCAGAAGGCUGAUGGAACAAAGGGCGAAAAGAGUGAAGCACAGGGAGAGAGUGCAUGAAGACCAGUGGUUAUCAUUUGGAUGAAAUAUCAUCUUUAUCAGUUUGCUUUCAGCAGAUUCUAUAACGCCAUAUUUAAUUGUAUGAAUUUUUGUUUUACAAGUCUGCUAGUAAGAGCAUAGUUUGAAACCAUAUUUGAUUCACAUAAUAGUGAAUUCUUGGAUCUUUUUCUUA